UUCCGCCUUGCACGUGUGUUUACAAAAAUGCAAGCUAUCUAGCCCAAGAACUAGUUUAAAAUUAUUAUAAGAACCGUAAUAGUUUGUGUACAGGUACAAAUAUGGGGAAACUGAAUGUGGUGGUUCUGAGAUACUUGUCUCGUGAUGACUUCCGCGUGCUCACAGCGGUUGAAAUGGGGAUGAAGAACCAUGAGAUCGUUCCUGUGAGUCUUCUGUCCUCCAUCGCCAGCCUCAGACACGGUGGCUGUAAUAAGAUCCUCCGAGAGUUGGUCAAGCACAAACUUGUGGUUUAUGAACGCAGCAAGAUGGUGCAAGGCUACAGACUGAACUACGGAGGUUAUGACUACCUUGCCCUGAAAACCUUGUGCUCCAGAGAUGUGAUCGUUUCUGUUGGCAACCAGAUGGGAGUGGGUAAAGAGUCAGAUAUAUAUAUUGUGGCAGGUCCAAACGGGGAGCAGUAUGCUCUGAAGCUUCACAGAUUGGGUCGCACCUCCUUCAGAAACCUGAAGAACAAAAGAGAUUACCACAAACACAGGAAGAAUAUGUCCUGGCUCUACCUCUCUCGGCUUUCUGCCAUGAAGGAAUUUGCCUAUAUGAAGGCAUUGUAUGAUCGUGGUUUUCCUGUUCCCAAACCGGUGGACUACAAUAGACAUGCUGUGGUGAUGGAACUCAUCAAUGGAUAUCCACUUUGUCAAGUGCAUGAACUGCAGGAUCCACCGGCCCUGUACAAUGAGUUCAUGGAACUUAUUGUCAAACUGGCAAAUCAUGGCUUGAUUCAUGGAGACUUCAAUGAGUUUAACUUGAUGUUGGAUGAUCAGGACCACAUAACAAUGAUUGACUUUCCUCAGAUGGUGUCCACAUCGCACCCUAAUGCUGAAUGGUAUUUUGACCGAGAUGUGAAAUGUAUCAGGGACUUCUUUGCAAAACGAUUCAAUUAUGAGAGUGAGCUCUACCCAACCUUCAAAGACAUCAGACGGUCUUAUUCUCUCGAUGUUGAAGUCUCAGCCAGUGGCUUUACCAAAGAUCUGGAGAAAGAAAGUGCAUUUCUACACCCAGCUGGACCUGAGAGAGAAGAUGAUGAUGAUGAAGAGGAGGACGAUGAUGAGGAAGAGGCAGCAGAUGAAGAAAUACCUCAUGAGAAUGUGGACAUGGAGGAAUAUAAUCAUGCAAUGUUGGAACUAGAGGGUCUGAAAGUUAGUGAUACACAUGCAGAGGUCUCAAAUGAGAAAGAAGAGGAAAGGGAAGAACGGAAAGACACAGAGAAUGUGCCAGCACCUAGGAGUGAUGAAAAGACAGAGAAAGUCACAGAGGAAGAGUUAAAGGAAGCAGAGGAUGAAUGUCCAGAGUUGGCAGACCUUUCUGCUUCUAACAAGGAGUUCAAACCAUUCAGAGACUCCGACAGUCUUCUACACAUUGCAGAACACAGGAGGAAAAGGACAGACAGUGAGGGUACAAUGGGCAGCAUAGGGAGCUGCUCCACCAUACCACCUGAGGUAGUCCGCCAGAAGGUGCGGAGGCAGCUCAACAAGGAGCAGAAGGCAGCUCAGAGGAGACGUCUGCAGAAAGGAGAGGCCAACUUGGUGACCAAAUCCAGGAGAGAGAACCAAAGUAACAUCAAGUCCAGUAUAGAGUGUGCUGACUUCUGGGGUUAAAAGGGACUAAAGUGAUUAAAGAAAAGCAUAUCAGCAUACAUUUCUUAGGUUCCUCUUGCAUUUAUCUGAAGUGAGCAGUCAAGACAUGAUGGUCGGUGGUAAAACUGAAGAGGAUCUGCUGCACUUCAGUACUUUAUCAUGAAAGGCUGAAGCAGUGAGCACUGACUUUACUGACUAUCAUGUUAAGAACAAACUGUUGCUGAUUCUGCUCAUCCUACAAAAGCCCCACAAUGGCAAGAGGAUGCAACUUGUCCUUAACUGUCAAACUCAGCUUAGUCUAAAGUAAUGUAAAUAAAUGUUACCUUUAAUGGAGAUGUGUGAUUAAUAAUAAACAAUUUAAA